ACUUCAGCCGCUACGGGCAAUCAUACCAAUAACUUGUAAUCUUUAUAAGAAUAUCAAAAUCAUGCAAUGAGCAAGUCUGCGUUUAUUAGACAGCUUAAUAUCACGUCAUUUGUGCUUUAAGAAUCGGCGAAUCUGCUGCGGUCGUUCCAUCACAUCUGGAGCGAAGACCUGAACCAGGAAGUUGGUCACCAGAUAACACGGUAACCAGUUAAACCGUAACACCGGUCAUAACAGCAUCGAAUAUGUGCCUCUUUCUGCUAGUUAUUUUCUCUCUCAUCAGCGCCAGUGCAGCUGAGUUUCGUCGAUGCUCUCCCCAGUGGGUUAACGCCGGUCAAGUUAAAGUCAGCUGUAACAACACCCUGAUCGCACAGCACUGUGAUCCUGAUCAGAGCUGUCGAAACACGAGCAAGCCCGGAGUCUCGCUAGAAAAGGACAGGGAGAGAGUAUGCCUAACCAUCACCAACUGCUCCUAUGAUUCAUGGUCCUGCGAAGCACGGAGUUACAUCGAUGGAGAAGAAUUUGGGGAGAAUUUUACUGUCAGCCUGACGUGCAACCGUGCAGCUGAGGUGUCGCCAGCAACGACACAAGAGUUUCGUCGAUACUUUCCCCAGUGGGUUAACGCCAGUCAAGUUCAAGUCAGCUGUAACAACACCCUGAUCGCACAGCACUGUGAUCCUGAUCAGAGCUGUCGAAACACGAGUAAGCCCGGAGUCUCGCUGGAAAAGGACAGGGAGAGAGUAUGCCUAACCAUCACCAACUGCUCCUAUGAUUCGUGGUCCUGCGAAGCACGGAGUUACAUCGAUGGUGAAGAAUUUGGGGAGAAUGUUACCGUGAACGUGACGUGCAACCAACCUACCAGCACUUUGCUCAGUCCAGGCAAGUCACAUUCAGAGCCUCCUGCAGCUGGGGUCACUGUGCCAAUCAUCAUCUUGCUGUUAAUCAUCGUGCUGUUAAUCAUCGUGCUGAUCAUUAUCGUGCUGAUCAUUAUCGUGCUGAUCAUUAUCGUGCUGAUCAUCAUCGGGCUGAUCAUCAUGCUUUGCAUCUGUUACAAGAAGAGGACUCCUAACGAAGUGCAGGACACUGAGUCGGAAGAGAGGCAUAAUUUCCUCGAAUCAGAAAACGUGGUGUGAAGUAAUGAUUAAGAAAACCGUGCUCCGGGAAUACAACUUGGAGGACUCUUCUGCCACCUCAGUUCAAAUAUGAUGUGCAAUAGUUAAGUGACAUCCUGGCAUACAAGGCCGUCAACAGACCAUUGUCUUGUUGUAGAGGUCUGCAUGAGAGGUCAUCCCACCUGUACUCGGCUAUCAAAAUCUGUGCCACACUGUUGGGUCAGAUCCCAUGGACGUGCCUUCGAACCUAGAACAGGGUUUUUCUACAUUUCAUGUUUACCUUUGAAACAAAGUCAUGAUAAGCUAAAGUACAUUUUACUCUGUAUAAGAGUGUCUUGCAAAUACUUCUGUUUAUAUAUACUGUGUAUUACUGUAUUAUUAGUUUUGUAAUCAGUAUAGAGACAGUAUUGUAAUUUUGUGCCAUCCUGAGGAGGAGGGCUUCCCUAGCUGAACAUCUCUCAAGGUUUAUGCCUCUUUAACUAAACCUUUUGGGGAGUUUUUUUCUUGCACUGUCACCUUUGGCUUCUUCACUGGGUGACACAAAGACCACAGUAUGUAUUUAAGAAGUGCUGCUUAAAAUGUAUUUGUAAAUAUUCUGUAUUUUAGUUUAUGGUGCUCUAAAUUAUCUUAAUUAACUUAAUGCUUGCACAUUUGUAUUGUAAAAU